AUGGAUCUAAAACUGGUCUGUCACUACAUCCUCCUAGUCAUCUUCAUUUCGGCUCAAUCAUCAUCGGCAUCGGAAACAUACGAUAAAAUCUAUGUCGGAUGCUUCAAAGAUAAGAUGAAUAACCGCGUCCUGUCAGAUGCCGUAUUAAUAUCUAGUAACAUGACAAUCGAGCUAUGCAUUGACUUCUGCACAGGAUUGAAUGACACUGACUCUGCUUACGCUGGAGUAGAGUUUGCGAAUGAAUGCUACUGUGGGGUUGCUAGAUUAUAUGCAGGUGCUUGUGGAGGAGGCGCAUUUCUUCUGAUACUUAUCAUCAUAAUAAUUGUUUUCGUCACAUGUAGACGCAGAAAUACAAAGAAGCGAUCAGCUGCUACUGACCAUCCAUUAACAACGAUAUUUCCUACUAAGAACGACAAUGAAGAACGGAGUAGACCUACCGACGAGGAAGAGGAUCCUUGUUAUGAGAACAAGAGUGCAGAGACGGAACGCGAUUAUGAGAACAUGACCGUGGACAAUAACGAACUAAAAUACAUGAACUCGGAGAAGAGAUCUACCAUGAAAGAAGCAACACACGACCCUGCAGCCCUCUAUGCCAUGCCUGACAUGUCAGCUAAAAACUCAUCUCGACCUAAGACGUACACCUCGCCACCAAAUGACACAGAUGAUCCGUCAUUGAUGUACGCUAUGCCAGACAGAAGAACUAAGACGGUGUACUCGAGCAACGGGAAAGCAGCGCUGGGGGAGGAUAGCCUCCACGCGCUGUACGCCACUUCCACGAAAAACCGCUUGGAGCCGAUCGGUAUGGAGGCAUCGACAAAUGGGGAGGGCUUGUACGCGCUACCAGACAAAAACCCACGUGACCACGUGACCCAAAAUGGCGCCGGAAAGCGUGAUGAUGUAGAAGCCAUGUACGCCAUGCCAGAUAAAUCACGACGGGGCAAUGAUGUUGAUAACACUGUAAUGAUAGAAAAUGAUAUCUACAGCUCUACAUAGAAUAUCAUAGGGAAAUAGAGAGGCGUAAUGGUUUUGCUGUUUUUGUUCUACUUUUGUUGAAUUAAAAAAAAGGUUUGUCCGAUCUCCCCACAUUCAUUUAAAUGCGAACACACUCUAUGUUGCUUUUUGGUUAAUAAAGAUAGAUGAAUAUGAGUUUUAAAAAAAACCCUAAUAAAACAUUGUCUUUUUUUGGUUGUUGUUGCAA